AGAAGAUAGAUAAAUUAUGCGGUAUUCACGCAUGACAUGCGUAAGCAUGAAACUAAAUCUAAUUUGGUUGCUCCAAAUAUUAUGCAAAGUUUAAAGUAGUGCUCCAUGCAGACAUGAACACAUCACACGUACGCAUGUAUUAUGUGUAUGUAGAGACACACGUACGCAUACCUAUAUUCACACAAUGAUCUUCACUUUCUCAAACAAACCAAAAAAAACAAAGAUCACACUGUCUUCAAUUAGUUUCAAAUUUGUUCUUCACCUAUUGCUUUUAUUUCCGAGUAUUUCUAUUUACAAUAAAGACAAAGAGAGUGUAAAUGAUAAAAGUCAACCAUAUCCCAUCAUUUGGUCUUUGGUUUCCCGACGUCCCACUUUUGUAAAAAUCAUCUGUUCAUUUUCCAUUCUUUAUCUUUUUUCCUACACAACUGGAUAUCACCAAUGAUAUCAUUAUACACUAUACCACUAUCAUUUCACACUUCUCUUCUAUAUAUACAUAAGCUUAAGUCUUGUAACAAGAAAGUCAUAGCAAUAUUUGCUAAUUAAAACAUAUAGCAAUGAAGGUUCAUGAGUUUUCUAAUGGAUUUUCUUCUUCGUGGGAUCAACAUGACUCGACAUCAUCCCUUAGCCUAAGCUGCAAACGCCUCCGUCCUCUCGCCCCGAAGCUUUCCGGCAGCCCUCCCUCCCCUCCUUCUUCUUCCUCCGGCGUCACUUCUGCCACUUUUGACCUCAAAAGCUUCAUUAGACCUGAUCUAACCGGUCCGACAAAAUUUGAACACAAACGAGACCCUCCUCAUCAAUUGGAGACGCACCCGGGAGGGACAAGGUGGAACCCGACUCAAGAACAGAUAGGGAUACUUGAGAUGUUGUACAAAGGUGGAAUGCGUACUCCUAACGCUCAACAGAUCGAGCAUAUCACAUCGCAACUCGGUAAGUACGGGAAAAUCGAAGGGAAAAAUGUGUUCUAUUGGUUCCAGAACCACAAAGCCCGCGAGAGACAGAAGCAGAAGAGGAACAACCUCAUCAGCCUAAGUUGCCAAAGCAGCUUCACGACCACUAGUAUCUCUAACCCGAGUGUAGCAACGAAGACAAGAACUUCAUCGUCACUAGACACCAGGAGAGCAUCCAUGGUGGAGAAGGAGGAGUUAGUGGAAGAGAAUGAGUACAAGAGGACAUGUAGGAGCUGGGGAUUUGAGAACUUGGAGAUAGAGAACAGAAGAAACAAAAAUAGUAGUACUAUGGCAACUACUAUUAAUAAAAUCAUUGACAAUGUAACCCUCGAGCUUUUUCCUCUGCACCCUGAAGGUAGAUGAAGUCAUGAAGAUGAGGCAGAAAAUUGUGGAAUUCUUAUGUAGAUCUGGUUUAGGUUCAGAGGAAGCAAUUGGUAUCUAGAAAUAAAAUAAAAAUAAGAGUAAGUCUCUAAAACUACAAAAUCUACUUAAGAAUUCCCUUAUUAAUCUGCGAGUUUUAUGUAUUCUGUGUAGAUUAUUUUUGCGAUGUAACCUUAAUGAUGAAUGCUUAGUUUAGCUCAUCUCUUUUCAUCUUUGUUCUUAACAAAUUCACUCGUGAUUAGUUGUACUGUCUUCUGAUUGGUCAUUACGUAUUUUAUCUUAAA